GGUGGCCUCUGGUCAAUUUUACUCCAUCAAACAUAAUAAAAGCGAAGCUCUUUCUCGCGAAUCUGAGUUUCUUCUUUAUGCGGAUCCAAUCUUUCUCCGUCGAGCUCAAGCUUUGAGGUAGUGUACGAUCGUUCUUGAAAUUGGAUUCAAGAAAGUGUGACACGUUUCAGAAUUAGGAUGAAAGAGAAAGGUCAUUACGUGCCACCACCUUAUGUUCCAUUAAGACAGUCAGAUGCUGGUGCUGAUGAGGAUGCUGAAGAAAAGACCACUACUCCAAAUCUGGAAAUUGCUGUUUCUCAACGCUCAAAUGAUGAUCCGAGACAAUGGUCAUCUGGUAUAUGCGCGUGCUUCGACGAUAUGCAGAGCUGUUGUAUAGGUUUGUUCUGUCCAUGUUAUAUCUUUGGCAAAAACGCAGAGUCUCUGGGGUCUGGAACAUUUGCAGGACCCUGUUUAACUCAUUGCAUUUCAUGGGCUUUGGUCAACACCAUUUGCUGCUUUGCAACAAACGGUGUGUUACUCGGUCUGCCAGGAUGCUUUGUAUCGUGUUAUGCUUGCGGAUACCGCAGGUCACUAAGAACCAAGUAUAAUUUACAGGAGGCUCCAUGUGGGGAUUUUGUAACACACUUCUUCUGUCACUUGUGUGCCAUUUGCCAAGAAUUCAGAGAGAUACAAGAGCGUAGAAGCGGCUCAUAUCCUCCCGACAUGAAAAUGGCUAUCACCAAUGCCCCCUUGGCUCAAACCAUGGAACCAGCUAACUGAUCACUUUUGUCCCCUUGAGUUUUCAGUUUCUAUUGUGGAACACAUUUUUCUUGUCAUUGACUUUUGCAAUGUAUUUGAGUCUUGAGAAGUUUAAUGAGUAAAACAAAACUUUCUAACAGA